ACCUAUUCCAUUCGAUAAUUAAGUAAAAGCCAUCUUACUUCAUCUGUUUGUCGCCAUUAUGUCUCAAGAUCAGUUCCAUCACUAUAUACCACGCUUCAUAUUGAAGAGCUUCUCUGAUAACUUCCAACUGAAACCUUCAAGUAUUUUCUCACCAAAUGCCUCAGGUAACUUCACAGAAGUGCCUUUUUCAAAAGGGCCAGUGGGGAGCAAGGGAAAUAGUGGAGGGGAUAGCGUGGGAAGCAACAGGAAAGGUAACAGAAGGAAAAGCAGUGGGAUCAACAAAAGAGAUAGCAGAGAAGGCGAUAAAGAAGGCGGUCAUGAAGCCAAGGAGCAAAAUCCUAUUAUUGAUUUUCCUAUUUAUGUGUAUCGAGCGCUGGAGAAAACAAUCGCACAGAGCGACGUUAGCAGAGUGUAUGGUCUUCAGAACAUGUACCAGGACAUUGCUGAAGUCGAUAGUAUGAGGUUUGAGAAGGAGCUCGCCAAGUUGGAAUGCACCUCUGCGACGUUCAUUCAUAAGAUCCGAUCUGGCGAAGAACUACUGUUGACGCGGACUCAACUAGCAGACUUCAAGAGGUUCCUAGCCAUCAUGACAUACAGGAGUGAGUGCCGAAGGGAACAGUAUUACGAGUGUCGAUUUGAUAUUAUGACACUUCUAUCGAUUCGAAAACACAUGUCCCAAAACAAUAUUGACAGAGUUCAAGACGUAUGGUUCGAGAAUCUCAAAUGGAUCAUCAAGACCCCUCACGACGAAAUCAUUAAGGAGAGCUCAGCUCUCGAUCCGAAAGGCGUCAAGACUCCCAUGGAUACUAUGUUUGCUUUGAGCAAAUAUAAAGGACCUAUUCACGUUGCAGAACUUAUGGACUAUUAUAACUUAGUGUGCAACUACGUGUGUGUCUGGCAAGCGGAAGAAGGGUCUGAAUUUAUCCUAACCGACAAGUGCUUUGGUGCGUUCGAAGGUGACAUGGGUGUAUGCUUCCACAACUUCUAUGUUGUGUCGCCGAAAUAUGUCGUCGUUCUUGUGAACCGUCUUUACAUGUGGGACCUUAUGAAGACCACGGGUCUCCGGAAGUCGUGGUUUGGGGAUGAGCUCCAUGCCAAUCCAGAUGUUAUCUAUACGAAAAAGCCUAUGAGAGGUGCGGAAGACUUUACUCCAACAGACGUGUUCAAAUACAAAAGGAUUGUUGUCCCAAAAGAGAAAGUGUAUCUCUGUAACAGCAUCCUUUUGGAUGCUAGUCCCAAGUAUAUAACAUACAAGUCCGAUAUCUCCAUGUACAGAUCUUUAAGAUACUACGACAAAACUAAGGAAGAUCUGUUCACCUUCAAAUAUGGUUACCAUGUCCUAAAGCGCGAAGUAUUAGCUAAUCUCAAGGCAAAGGUGAAUAGAACACAUUGCUCCUAGGCCCUUCUCGAAGGACUUUUCUAAGACAUUACAUUUUUUCCUCCUCUCCUCAUAAAC